AUGGGAUCCACUGGGACCUCCCUGGGAUCCACCCGGGGAUCCACCGGGGGAUCCACUGGUAUCGACUGGGGUCCUCCCCGUGGGAUCCACCGGGAUCCACAGGGGGGAUCGGGAUCCACCGAGGGGCUCCAGGGGGGAUCUGGACCCCCCCAGACCCAGUGCCGCGUGCCCCCCCCGCCCCCUCCCCCCCCGGUGACACCGGACACCGGGGGGCGGCUCCGGGGGUCCCCGAGGGUCUCGCGCGGGCCGGGGGCGGCCCCGCCAGGGCCCGGCCCCGCCCGGUUUGGGGUCCCCUCGGGGCCCCCCGGGGCUGGGGGGGGUCCCGGGGGGGAUAAAAGCGACCCCGGGGGGGUCCCGGUCCCACCGCUCCCCCCGCGCCCGGUACCGGCCCGACCCCGACCCGACCCGGCCCCGCCGAGACACCCAGGUAAGGCCGGGACCACCGGGACCCCAAUCGGUACCGGACCGCCCCCCCGGGACCACCGGGACCCCAAUCGGUACCGGACCGCCCACCCGGGACCACCGGGACAGCCCCGGGACCACCGGGACCCCAAUCGGUACCGGGACCGCCACCCCGGGACCACCGGGACAGCCCCGGGACCACCGGGACCCCAAUCGGUACCGGACCGCCCCCCCGGGACCACCGGGACCCCCGGGACACCCCGGACAGCCCCGGGACCCCGGGACACCCCAGGACCCCAGGACCCCGGGAGACCCCCGGGACAACCCGAGAGCACCGGGACCACCGGGACAGCCCCGGGACCACCGGGACAACCCGAGAGCACCGGGACCACCGGGAGACCCCCGGGACCCCCCCAGGGACCACCGGGACACCCCCGGGACCCCAGUCGGUACCGGAACCGCCCCCCCGGGACCACCGGGAGACCCCCCGGGAGACCCCCAGGGACCCAAUCGGGGCCGGGACCGGCGCAAUCGGGACCGGGACCCUCGGAAAGGGUCGGGACACCCCCGGUGCCACCGGGACCGGGACCGGGAGUGGGACAGGGACUCGACUGCCUCUCGGUGUCACCGAGACCAGAACCGGGACCGGCACCGGGAUUUGGGUCCGGGAUUCGGGACCGGGACUUGGGCCAGGAUACGAGUCCGGGAUUCGGGUCUGAGAUUCGGGACCGGGACCGGGACGGGGACCUGAACCGGGACCGGCACCGGGAUUCGGGACCGGGACAGGGACCCGACCGCCCCCUUGGUGUCACCGGGACCGGGACCGGGAUUCGGGAGCGGGACCCGACCCCCCCUCGGUGGCACCGGGACCCUCCCCUCCCCCCGCGCUAUAAAUAG